CGGUCAGCUGGGAGGCAGGUAAACACACGAGUGGGCGGACACCAAGCUGACAGGCCAGGAAACUUAGCUCACGGACCACGAGUAGGUGUAAACCAAGCUCACACAUCUCGAGUAGGUGUAAACCAAGCUCACGGACCACGAGUAGGUGUAAACCAAAGUUACGGACCAGGAGUGGGCGGAUGCCAAUCUCACAGACCAGGUGUAAACCAAGCUCACGGGCCAAAAGUGGGCGGACAUACUGUGGGCGUAGACUUCCUGUUGCUGAAGCCACAGUUUAAACUAACUGUAGACUGACAGUGGCAGGAAAAGUGUACAGAGGAGCAGUCAUCAUGCUGCAGCUGACCAAGAGAUUACAAGAGGGAAUAUCUCUUGUAAAUACCAUAGACAUCAGCAAGAUUAAUGGAGUGUUGGGCCGAGUUUGUGCUGCACUGUGUGCUGGAUCUUCGCAGGUGUUUACUGAGGAAGAGGAGGAGAAACUAAACAGUUCACUGGGCCUCACUCCUGAGCAAACCAAGACGGUCAUCCACACCGUCGUCCACAUUAUCCAACAGGCUGCACACAACAUGGUACGUCCAGCUCUCUUAGAGGAGCAUCUUGCUGCUGCUGGGAUCACUCAGAACAGAGUACAGAUCUUCACAGAACAUUGGAUAACAAAUGCCAAGCCCAUUGUUGAUAAACUUCGGCAGCAGAAUCUUUCAGAAAAGCAGCUGGAAGAUGUUGCUUGGGAAUUGCAUCUAGAAACGGCAUCAUCGAAUUUGGCUCGACAGUCACGCCCCAUAGCACACUUACAGCUGAAUCUGAGCUCCGGUACUGAUGCAAGUAAGCUAGAAGCAGAAAAAGUGAGCCUGCAGUUUGAUCACGACCAGCUGUACCAGCUCUAUGACCAGCUGGAGCAAAUACAGUCUCAUCUUGAUGCACUGAGAUAAAAUUGGACAGUAAUAGAAGAAAUAACUUACGGGUUAGUGUGUAUAGAAUCCAUAUAAGUGUGUCAGUAUUGAUUUCUUUCAUGUGCAGUGCCAUAUUUUACUGGAUCAAAAAUCACUUUAUUUUCUGUGGGAAACCUCAGAAGCUCCCUGAAGUUAUCCAUACUAAUAUAGUGCUAUAUUAGUUGGGGUCAUCAGUCAGAGUUUUUGAUGCCUAGCAAGGACCAGAGUCAGAACCUGCCCCCCCCCCCUCAGAGAGGUACAGGGAGCAAUGGCCUAUAAAUACUUUACAUUUAAAGUAUACAGUAUCAUAUUUGCCAUUGACCAGGUAAGGCACCCCAGAAAGGCAGGCAAAACAAAACAGACCACUGUCUAGUGGAAAAUUAAGUUCCAUGUCCUCCAAAUAGCAAAAGAACUCCCCCAGAAAGAAAACAAAUAAGCAACAAUUUGUUCUACUAACCCCCUACUCAUUAGCGUAAUACCAUUUUCUGGGUGAGACUUGGAAGCUUCCUGGCACCCCUCCCUCCGGUCAGUGUUUUUCAGUGUUUUUGAUAUCCAGCCUCAGAACUAUGGUUUGGGUAGCCGGAGUGAAGGGUCUGGGGCUUCCCCUUUUCCCCUCCCUGGAAGGGGGGUUGCUACGCAGACGGAGGCGCGGUGACGUCAUGCUCGUUUGCUCAUUUUUGUUUGGGGAGUUUUGUCCACUAGUUCGGCUUUCAGUAGCAAUUUCUUAACCAGAAUAGGGAUUUGUUUUGGGGCGCUUACCUUUCUAGGUGAAAUA